GCCGUAAAACAAGAAUGAAGAGAAUCGCUGAUCUCGAUGGAAUAACUUUCAUGGCGAAUUCGUUGCGGAAAUUUAUCGCUGCUGAAAGUCUGAAUCACGAAGUAAUCGAGUCUCUGAUCUACGCUUGUCUGUUGAUCGGCGGAAUUGACAAAAAGUUCUGCGUCAAAAUGCGACUGGUAGGGCUUCUACCGAAGUUGGCGAGCGCUCUCUGCAAAGCCGGACCCCCUCCCGUAUCCUGCCUGAUUGAUCUGCUUAUUGCAUUGUGUCAUUCUGCCAGAAAUGCGAUGGCUUUCACGAAAAACGAGAACUUGGUGGCGUAUCUGUUAAACUGCAUCGUUCAGGGCUUGGAAGAUAAAUCUGAAUCGAUCCGCAAGUGCACGGAACUUGUUUAUUACUUAUCAAAGCCAAAGAAAACUCGGCUUUUGUUAAUAAACGCCGAUGCUGUUCCGGUAAUACUCAACGUUUUCGAAGAAUUUUUUAGACAUCGUCAAGAACAUUCGUCGUUGAUGGUGUCAUUAGCCGCGUUGGGAAUCCUUCGUUUGCUGACUGCUAAAAAUUCAGGAAGGAAGAAGCUGAUAGCUGCAAACGGCCUGCCCAUUUUUCAGGCCGCCGUCACCGAAUGUAUUGAACAGGACCAGACCCCAUCACUGCUCACCUCUGAGCUACACUAUGCGGUGAGCACUAUUUGCCUGCGAUGUGUGCCGGCAGUGGCAUUGCCCUUACCUUCCACGGAUCAUGUGAUUUCCCUUGACCUACCUACGAAGUCCUAUGUUCGAUUGGUCACGGCUGACGACGCCAGCGAUUCUGAAGAGGAUAUGCACAUCGAAACGGCCAUAAUGACAGAUGUCGAGGACGAAGUUUCGGCACUGGGAGACGCCAAGGUGCCGCGAGUAAAAUUAGCAGAAGGGGAUCGUCGAUUGUAUCAAGCGAUUUGCAUUGAAUUUUACAUGGGUGCCACCCGUUGUUCACAGGUGCACGUGCCGCCGUCAUCGGCAUCAUUUGUCGACGACCUGGAUUUCGAUACGAUCCAUGAUGGAAUGGAUCGACCAUCUUGCAAUUCGACGCUAAAGCGAUGUCGCAGUUUUCCGUGCAAGCUCGAUUUCCUUAGCACCCGUCAAAAUCAGAGCGCUUUCCUUGCUCCAAAAAAACCGCAUUACAGUUUUACGGGCUGUGCUGAUAGCUAUGACUGGGAAGACUAUGCAGCACAGGUGCUUACAACUAAGAGUAUCAUCCCAUUCACCUCCGUACCUUUCCCUGAAUUCUACGACUCCUAUCCUGACCUCUGUCACCAGCGUCAGAAAUUUUACCCUUCUGCUCUACUUGAACGUGUGUUUCCACUGUUGGAACGGAUACGUAAUCCAUCUUUUCCUGCGGUGGUAGUUUAUGACUUCGAUCAAUUGGUGAAUGGCCAAAAUUCGCUGAUCGAAAGUAUUCAACCAAUGCUCAACGACGACAUUUUCAAAAUUGGAAGACCAGACAAAACCACGUCGUCUUUAGUGUUUGAUUCUCGUUUCGAAAGCGGCAAUCUGCGGAAAGUCAUUCAGGUCAAUUUG